AUGUCUGCGAAGCAGCGCAAGCUUUUCGAGUUGCGGCUCAAGCUGAACGAAGGACGAAAGAAAAAUCAGGCGGCGGUGGUGGAGGAGAAGAAGCGCGUCGACGCGCCGGACGAAUACGCCAACGCACAGAAGCGGAAGAUUCGAGAAGCUUCGAAUAAGUCUCGCACGGACUCACUAGUGAAGCAAGGUAUCGAUCCGAACGCCAUUCAUCUCACUGCGACGAUGGAACAGGCGAGUCGUAAGAAAGGGAAAAAGAAGCAGACGUAUGAUCCCAGCGACGCCGGACAGUUUAGCGCCGAGCGCCAAUACGCCAACUACGAACGAGAGCGAGCCAACGCGGUAAUCGAUAUGAGUGAUUACGAAGCGCAAAAAGCGCGCGUGCCGGACUUUUAUCGCGGUGCGGAUAGCAUUUACCACAACACGAACAAGCCGUCACAAGAUGCGAUUGAUCGUUUAGCCCAAGGCAUCUCCGCAGCGCAACGCAAGAGAACCGAGGCGCAUGAAAAAAAGACUCACGCCGCAAAGGACGUCGACGGUAUCAACGUCAGAAACGACCGGUUCAACAAAAUGCUCGCGAAGAGUUACGACAAAUACUCGAAGGAAAUCAAGGCGAAUCUGGAACGAGGCACGGCGCUUCCGGAGUAA